UUGCUGGCUUGCUGCCCUCGAUCCAAACGGGAACUUUGACUUCAAGCUGCCAAUGUUUUGGGGGUUCCUGAUCCCUGUGGCGUUCAUUCUUAUCUUCAACAUGGUGGUGUUGGUAUAUUUUGCAGUUACAACAUCCAAGACCAACCCACAUAUAACCAGGUAACAUUAAUGGGGGCAUUUUGGGGGCACAAAGUGGAAAGUUGUAGUCAUAAAGAUCAGUCUUGAUUUAAAUGCCUACUAACGAGCUUGUUAAUUUUGUAUUGUCUUUCAAUUAAAACUUUUUAUAAAUAAAAUGCAUGCUUUUUUUUAUUAUUAAUUCAGUCAUUAGUAACCAAUUCAUACUAUUUAAUGAGCACCAUGCUCUAACCCACUCAGUCAUUGGAAGCAUACUGUUAUAUUACCACAGCAUUACAGCAGUCUAUGACAGCAAUCUAAGCAUGUUGGUUAUAUUUCCCAGUACAAGACACACAUCGAUGAAGAAGAAGUUCCUCAGUAGCUUUUCUCUGGCUGUGGUGCUCAGUCUCUCCUGGAUCCUGGGCUAUCUGUUGCUCAUUACACCGAACCAGACCAUGUACACCAUACUCAACAUCUCCUUCUGUGUACUCACCACCACUCAGGUAGUAAAUGUAUGCACUCACUACUGUAAGUCGCUCUGGAUAAGAGAGUCUGCUAAAUGACUCAAAUGUUAAAUAUAAAGACUAGUGUACUAUUGUACCACAGAAUCCAGACAUGAUUGAAAACUAGACAGCUACUAAACAUUAAUAAAUUCCGCUGCUCUUUAUGGAAACGCUACCUUUUGUUUGUCCUUUUGUGUUCCUGAAAAUACUUGAUAAUGUCUUUGUGUUUUCGUUCCACAGGGCUUGCAGGUUUUCAUUCUGUUCACAGCAAGAACAGCAAUUGUCAAGAAAAUGAUGUCAAGUGCUUUGAAAUCUGUCUCUAGCGCUAGGAUCCCUCUUCACACCAAGAAGUUCAGUCUAUGGCGAGGCGAGCAAAGUGAAAAAGUAGAAUCAUACACACAGCAGGACACUGAUCUGUCAUUUCCACCUUGUUCCUCACAGACAUCUAAC